CUAAAAUCAACUGUUCAUGAGUUAUUUAACGCAUCUCCUCUAAGUUUAUUAUGUACAUGGUUUGGCAAGCUCCCGUCUCCUUGGGAUUUAAAGAUCUUUAUUGGCCAAAUGUUAUGCUAACCCGUGCAUUUGAGGCAAUUAAAGAUGAAGAAAUACAAUUAAUAAAUUACAACCAAAGCGCGGAACGAAUUGGAAAGGAAUUGCUAAAAAGAGGCUUGCCGGGGUAA